CACAAGACCAGUUUCAAGUGCACUGGGUCAAACCUGCAAAGAAGAGGAAAAUGUCUUCCAAACCGAUCAGCGUGUUAAUAACAGGGGCCAACAGAGGCCUGGGUCUGGAGAUGGUCAAACAAAUGAUGCAGAGUCCUUUGAAUGUGCUGUUUGCUUGCUGUAGAGACCCGGACGGACCAAAAGCAGAGGAGUUGCGAGCUCUGGCAAAGAAACACUCAGCCAUCAUCAAAAUCAUUCGUAUGGACACUGCAGACCGAAGCAGCAUUAAACAGGCUGCUGAAAAGGUGGGCUCACUUCUGGGAGGAAAAGGCCUAAACCUUGUCAUUAACAAUGCAGCCACCUUAACUUACUCUAAUGUAGCUGACUCCACUCCAGAGGCAAUGGCUAAAGAAUUCAACACUAAUGUAAUCGGCCCCAUGAGCGUCAUUCAAGAGUUUCUUCCUUAUCUGCGUGAUGCAGUAAAGAAAAGCAAGGUGCCUGGGAUGUCCUGUGAAAAAGCUGCUGUGAUCAACCUCUCCUCCAUUCUCGGAUCAAUCGAAAGCCGUACACAGUCAUUCACAUCUUUCCAGACAGUCCCCUACCGUGCCAGUAAGGCGGGGCUGAACAUGCUGACCGCUUGUGCUGCGUUUGAGUUCCAGAAGGAGGAGAUUCUGUUCAUUGUGCUGCACCCAGGAUGGGUCAAGACAGACAUGGGCACAGCUGAUGCCGACAUAGACGCUCACGAGAGUGUCCAGGGGAUGCUGCAGGUGAUCAACUCCUUGACCGAGAAGCACAACGGAGCUUUUCUGGAUUAUAAAGGCCAGAGUAUCCCCUGGUAGAUCUUAUACAAUAUUAUCUUAUGAUAUAAUAUGUAUAUUAAUGAUCAUUAAAAUAAGAUAAACAUUUUUGCCUUGGGCUCACUGCCCACAGCUGUAAACAGUUACCCACUACAGUCUGACACUACAAUCAGCAAGAGACAACUUCUAAAAAUAAAAAGACCCAUGUGAAUGUCCCUUUGUUCAUUGUCCAUUUUGUGCACUGACAACAAAUUAAUAAAAUAUUCUGGCUACUCUGUUA